CCGGCGCGCCGCGCGGCCAGACGCGGCGGGCGGGGCGCGUAGGAUGGAGUCGGUAGCGUCCGCUGCAACGGUUGGGGGCUGCGCGUGAGAAGGUGGCGGUGUCGGGACCAAGGCUCGCUGGAGGUUGGCGGCAGCGACCGGACCAUGGCCGGAGACCGUCUCGGUUGGGGCCCCUGAAGUGCACUCGCUGAAGUCUGAGGGAGUCGUGGUCCAUGGGCUCGCUGAGCAGCCGAGUGCUCCGCCACCCGGGACGAGCCCGAACCCAGCAGGAGCCGGGUUCCGGAACGGGGGGCUCGGCCCAGAGAUCGGAGGCCGGCGACGAUGCGGCCGGCCACGGCGUCUGUUACUGCCCGGGCAGCCACAAGCGCAAGCGGAGCAGCGGGGCCUUCUGCUACUGUCACCCCGACUCGGAGACCGACGAGGACGAGGAGGAAGUGGACGAGCAGCAGCGGCUCCUCAACACCCCGCGCAGGAAGAGAAUCAGAAUCAGUCUGGUACGUGUGUUGUUGCCAGAGAUCAACCUUGGGACCUCAUGCUUAGGGUCCAACACUAUCCACUGUGCCACCACCUGGAUUGCAUCUGAUGAUUAUCAUGAUGAUGGAGAGAGAAAGAGACACCUCAGCACUGCUUCUUCACUCAUGAAGCUUCCGCCUUGCAGGAAAAAAUUGAAGAGUACCUCCAAAUAUAUUUAUCAAACAUUAUUUUUGAAUGGUGAAAAUAGUGACAUUAAGAUUUGUGCUCUAGGAGAAGAAUGGAGCCUACACAAAAUAUAUUUAUGCCAAUCUGGCUACUUUUCUAGUAUGUUCAGUGGUUCUUGGAAAGAAUCCAGCAUGAAUAUUAUUGAACUGGAGAUUCCUGACCAGAAUAUUGAUAUAGAAGCACUUCAGGUUGCAUUUGGGUCACUCUAUCGAGAUGAUGUCUUAAUAAAGCCCAGUCGAGUUGUUGCCAUUUUGGCAGCAGCUUGUAUGCUGCAGUUGGAUGGUUUAAUACAGCAGUGUGGUGAGACAAUGAAGGAAACAAUUAAUGUGAAAACUGUAUGUGGCUAUUACACAUCAGCAGGGACCUAUGGAUUAGAUUCAGUAAAAAAAAAGUGCCUUGAAUGGCUUCUGAACAAUUUGAUGACUCAUCAGAAUGUUGAGCUUUUUAAGGAACUCAGUAUAAAUGUUAUGAAGCAUCUAAUUGGUUCAUCUAAUUUAUUUGUGAUGCAAGUGGAGAUGGAUGUAUACACAGCUCUUAAAAAGUGGAUGUUCCUUCAACUUGUGCCUUCUUGGAAUGGAUCUUUAAAACAACUUUUGACUGAAACAGAUGUCUGGUUUUCUAAGAGGAGAAAAGAUUUUGAAGGUAUGACCUUCCUUGAAACUGAGCAAGGGAAACCAUUUGCGUCGGUAUUCAGACAUUUAAGGUUGCAGUAUAUCAUCAGUGAUUUGGCUUCUGCAAGAAUAAUUGAACAAGAUUCUCUAGUACCUUCAGAUUGGCUAUCUUCUGUGUAUAAACAACAGUGGCUUGCUAUGCUCCGUGCAGAACAAGAUAGUGAGGUGGGCCCUCAGGAAAUCAAUAAAGAAGAACUGGAAGGAAAUAGCAUGAGGUGUGGUAGGAAACUUGCCAAAGAUGGUGAAUACUGUUGGCGAUGGACAGGUUUUAACUUCGGCUUUGACCUGCUUGUAACUUACACCAAUCGGUACAUCAUUUUCAAACGCAAUACACUGAAUCAGCCUUGCAGUGGAUCUGUCAGUUUACAGCCUCGACGGAGUAUAGCAUUUAGAUUACGUUUGGCCUCUUUUGAUAGUAGUGGAAAACUAAUAUGUAGUAGAACAACUGGCUAUCAAAUACUUACACUUGAAAAGGAUCAGGAACAAGUGGUGAUGAACUUGGACAGCAGACUUCUGAUCUUCCCUUUAUAUAUCUGCUGUAACUUCCUGUACAUAUCACCAGAAAAAAGAACUGAAAAUAACCGUCACCCAGAAAGUCCAGAAAACUGAGGAAUCCAUCAGUUGGAAACAGUAGCACUUUGAAAAUUUUUUGGCCAGCUUUCAUUUAAUGGCCCUAUUGAUAUUCACAUCUAAGGUGACUAACAACGACAAAGGCCUUAUGAACUAUACAGAUAAAACAGAAGACUAUUCUUUUCCUCAUCACAUUUCUAUGCAUAUAUAAAGAAAACAUUUUAAAGCCAUGAAAUGUCUGUCAACCGUUUCUGUUAUAAAGAUGUUAAUUCAUGUUUUUAGCAUCAGUAGAAAAUUCCUGCAGGUAAAAUUUAUCUUUCUCUUUAACCAAAUACAGAUUUAACUUUUAGCUUAAUUUUCAUCUUAACAUUGGUAAGCCUUAGUUGUCCAUCUGGAAAUUUGUUUUUAGUUGGUUAAAAGAAUAUUAAAGGAAUAAUUUGACCAGUUAUAAAUGUUCUUUCAAAUGGUGCAUUUAAAAGUUAUUCAUUAACUUUUUUCAGCUUGUUUGAUUCCACAUCCUAUUCUACUAUCCUUCCAAUAUUUACUUGUCUUUGACUAUUGACUGCUAUUUUUUAUUUUUAGAGACUGUGAUGAGAAGCUUUUUAUUUACCUUAAUGCAUUUUCAUGCUGUCUUACUUUGCUUUUAAUUUAAGUUUCCUAAGAUUUUAGCAACAAAAUAUAAAUAUAUCAGUUUCAGUCUUUCAGAUGAAAGUGGGAGAGAAAAUCAAUUUCAUUUUGAGGGUAUUCCUUUGCCUUACAUGGUCUGUACUUUGACAUUCUAUAAAACUUUACUACUAAGGUCAUGGAUUGUUUAUUUAACAAAUAUUAUACUUUAAACAUUUUCAUACUUUUUGCUCUUUAGAAUUAUUUGUGUCCAAAUUUUAUUUGGGAGUCCUACUCCCUACUUAAACUCAGGACUUUAUAAACCUCUGAAUUGAGUGCCUUUGAGUAAUACAUGAUAAUAAAAAUUACAUAGUAAAUGUAAAUAAGGUUGGAGGGUUACAUAUAGAAGCUGAGAAUAAAGCAUUAAUGUGAAAAUAGAACUUAUUUUUUCAAAAAAAUGAGGUGUACAUUAUCAUUAUGUAUGUUGGCUUCUUGUGUUAACUGCUAUUUGAAAAUAGCCAUGCUCAUCUUCUUUCCAGUCAGAGUAAGUUGUGGUUAAUGUAUAUUUUUAGUAUAUUUUUUAAAAAUGGGAAUCACAUUUAUGUCUCUGUAUGAAUAGUAAAUCCCACUUGGAAAAAGAAUAAAUAAAAUCUUAUAUAAAAUGAGAAAACCAAAA